UUUUUUUUGUUCCUCCUCUCCCAUCUGUAUCCAUUUUUUAGCUAUUCUUUAACAAAAAAACUAACUUUUUGUUUAUCUCCUUCAUUUGUUUAUCUUCCUCCCUCUAUUGUUCUUAUAGCUCCUUAUAUUUCAUCUUCCGUUCCUUUUCUCUCCACUUCCUUAACCUUACCUUGUCCUUCAGGCUAUUUCUCAUCCUCUCCUCCAUCACCUCCUCCUCUGCCGCCUUCUCAUUCGCCUCCUCCUCCGCUGCCACCUCCUCCACUGCCGCCUCCUCCACUGCUGCCUCCUCCACUGCUGCCUCCUCCACUGCUGCCUCCUCCUCUGCUGCCUCCUCCAUCUCUGCUGCCUCCUAUUCUUCCACCUCGUCCUCCUUUGCCUCCUCCUUCUUCAACUCCUCCUCCUCUGCCGCCCUCCUUCGCGGCCGCCUCCUCCUCCACCUUCGCCUUGUCCGGCUUCUCCUCCUCCUCCGCCACUGCCGCCGCCUCCUCCGCACACGCCUCCCCCACGGCCGCCGCCUCCUCCACCUUCGCCUUGUCCGGCGCCUCCUCCUCUGCCGUCGUCACCUCCUCCAGCUCCUCCACCUUUGCCUUGUCCGGCUCCUCCUUCUCCACCGAUGCCUCCGCUUCUGCCGCCGCCUCCUCCCCCACGGCCACCUCUCCCACGCCGCCGCCUCCUCCACCUUGUCCGGCGCCUCCUCCUCUGCCGCCGUCGCCUCCUCCAGCUCCUCCACCUUCGCCUUGUCCGGCUCCUCGUCCUCUUCCGCCACUGCCGCCGCCUCCUCCGCAGCCGCCUCUUUCGCAGCCACCUCCCCCAUGGCCACCUCCCCCACGGCCGCCGCCUUCUUCACCUUUGCCUUGCCCGGCUCCUCCGCCGCCGCCGCCGCUGCCUCCUCCUCCGCUGCCACCUCCUUCAGCUCCUCCACUUUCGCCUUGUCCGGCUCCUCCUCCUCCUUCAACUCCUCCUUCUCCUCUGCCGCCUUGUUUUCCUCCUCCUCCUCUGCCACCUUGUUCGCCUCCUCCUCCGCCUUGUUUACUUCUUUUUCCUCCACUCCUGCUUCUCCUUCGUCCACUGCCUCCUACCCCUCCUCUGGCGAACAAGGCGACGAAGGAGGAGGAGGAGGCAGCUCCUCCUCCUCUGCCAGUGCCGGAAGAAGAGGGAAACAAGGCAGCGUAGGAAGAGGAGCCUCUGCAACUGCCUUGCUCCCUUGUCUUUGUCCAGCUUUUCUUCCGCCGCCUUGUCCGCCUCCUCCGUGGCCUUGUCUGCCGCCUCGUGUGCCGCCUCUUCCUCCUUCUUCUCCUCCACCGCCUUGUACACCUCCUCCUCCGCCUUGUUCACCUCCUUCUCCUGCUCCGCUGCCUCCUCCUCUGCCGCCUCCUCCUCCUCGUCCACCACCUCCUCCACCACCUCCUCCUUCGCCUUGUCCUCCUCUGCAACCUCCUCCUUUGUCACUGCCUUGUCCUCCUCCGCCUUCACGUCUUCCACCUUCACCUCAGCCUUCUUCAUCGCCGUCUCCUUCUCAGCCUUCACCUUCUCCUCCACCUUCUCCUCAGCCUUCACCUUCUUCUCAGUCUUCAAUAUCCUUUUGUCAAUCUGCUGUAUAUUCUCACUGUGGUUUG